AUGCAGAGCUAUUUGGACACAGACACAUAUUCAAUCACCGAUGUUCGGACAACAACACACACACAUUUAUGGAUUAUCAAUGGAUUCAAAUCAUGCGACUGUCGAUACUUGGAAACAGUGGCCAAACUAAAUGAGGAUAAAGUAGCGUCACAUUCAUCAACACUUCCGGAGCUUCAAAACCUUCAGUAUAGGAUUCGCCUUCAUCCACAAGGGAACAAAGAUUCGAAUAAGGACUUCACCUUCUUCCAAUGCUUCAAUAAUUCAAGCUCAUCGGCGGCCGCUGCGGCAGCGGCGCCACCGACACCAUUUCGAGCGAAAUUUAAAUUUACGGUGUACAAUGGUAAAGGCGAAGAGGUGCACACGACGGUUUACUCCGGCACACAGCAGCUUCAUGGCUAUUUCGAAUACAUCAGACGAGAAGCGUUAUUGGCGCAUCUUGGCGAGGACAGCGUUAUUCAUUUGCUGUUAACAAUUACUGUCUCGUUUGACACCGUCACCAAGACAUCAUCACGCGGAACACCUCUAUCAUUACCGUCGCCAAAACCCAACAUGCUUGUGCAAGAUCUCGAAAGUGUAUUCAAAAGCGAGAAGUGCUACGAUUUCACGAUUAAUGUCGGAACCGAAAAACUCAAAGCGCACAAGGUGAUCCUUUGCGCUCGAUCGAAGGUCUUCGCUGCGAUGCUUGAACCACAUACCGAAGAAUUUCAGAAGAGCGAGGUGACGAUUAUCGAUGUUGAUUCUGAAGUUAUGAAGGAUCUCUUGUAUUAUAUGUAUACUGGAAAUGUGAAACAACCAAUAAACAAACCGGUGGAAUUGUUGGCUGCAGCUGAUCGAUUCGAGCUUCCCGGUCUCAAAGAGACCACCGAAAAGCACCUUCGCGAUAAUGUGUCGAAAGAAACGGUUUGCCGAUUCAUUAUGUGCGCCGAUUUAUACAAUGCGAGCGAUCUUCGCAAACACUGCCUUAAAUUUCUUGCCCGAAAUGGUUGGGAGAUCGCGCAGUCCGAUGGAUUCAGCCAAUUGCUCAAUCAGCGUCUCGAUCUGUUCGUCGAGGCUUUUGUUUAUCUCAGCAGCACAUUUUCCAAACAGGCGUUGCCGUUGGAGCUUCCCGAUGACGGUACGCUGCCUUUUUCAUUAAAAUGA